CCGCAAGAGGAUAUCAUGAUGUGUCCUGCAAGGUCGGAACGAACAAUAUCCAACUACUAUGUCUUCUAUCAGGCAGCCACUGCUUCUUUCCAGGAUGAUCGAAUCGCACAUACUGUGCAAUGUGACUUGUACGGGGGAUAGUAUGCUCCAGACGUACAGCAACGGUAUCGCCGACAUCGACUCUGUAAUAGUCUUGGGAACAUCGGCUGAAAUGACGCCUGUUUUUGGGCACUACUACCCAACAUUGUGGUCGUAGUCUCCAAGGCGCAUAUCCGCAAAGAUGGUAUCCGAACAGCAGUGCUAUUUACUGAUCGGGAGAAGGUCGGUCAGGAAGCUGGGACACCACCGACCCUGCAGGAUUGAGUUUCGCUGCGUGGCAUGUAAUCGCUUAAUGUUAACGGGCAAGGGGUGGGGGAGGCAAGUCGCGGAACUCGGGAGAUUCAUACUGUUCCGGUGAGAGAGAUGUGGAACCAGUAAUGGGUAAAGAGACAUGCACUCAUAACGGAUGC